CGCAAACCUCUAUCACUUCACAUACUCACUCGAAUUCCAUACAUCACCAGUGGCUCUGUCUAUGCAAUACUCUUUUUUAUCUUCAAAAAAUAAUUUUCAUUUCGAAUUUAUUUCUUUUAAAUUAUACUGCCCAGGCGGUACCACGUUUAGUUCACUGAAAACGGUUGUAUACUGUAGACGACUGUUCCAGCAAAUUUUUAAUUAAUAUUUUUGUAAAAAAAAUUCGUAGAAUUUUGUGUGACUAAUUUCGUGUGACUAAUUCUCUUCAACAAAAAACAAGAUGUUAAUCGAAGAAUUCCCCAACUCCAGAACAACGUUUCAUGGAUUUUCGCUGCUGAACCAUCAACAGCCCAAACUGUAUCCAGUAACACCUCCACAUCACUACUCUCCACCGUAUCAGGACUUUCGCAGCCACAGCAGCGAAUUGGAACCUCGCCAUAUGCAUCAUCCGGAUGAUAGUUCUUACAGUUUCCAAAAGUUGCACUACUAUGCGUCUCUAGCGCCGACCACCUACUAUCCGACAUUAUAUCCAUCACCACCUCAAUCAAUAAGUCCACCGUCACAGUCACUACAGCAAUUGAUUUCGUAUCGAAAAAAUUCGAAUGCGGGCUACGAGAGCGGCGGCAGUGGAAGUGAACAUUUUGUGCUAAACAAUGACAAUCGACGUAAUUCAGUGAUAAUGAAAGUGCAAGAUCAUAUGGUUGUUCCGUCGUUCAAAUUUGGUACGCCGACGGUGAAAAUUGCGUCCGAUUCGGAUGAGGAGAAUUUCGUAUGCAAAUGGAUUUCAUGUUUCAGAAUUUUCGACACAUUAGAAGCAUUGGCUGUACAUGUGACACAGUGCCAUGCAGUUGCGUCGCUGGAUGGUUUGUACCAUUGCAAAUGGCAGUCGUGCCCUCGGUCUGAUCGUGGCUUUAAUGCACGUUAUAAAAUGCUGGUCCAUGUGAGAACACAUACGAAGGAAAAACCUCAUUCCUGUGAUCAAUGUCCAAAGAGUUUUUCGAGAGCAGAAAACCUGAAAAUUCACAUUCGUAGCCACAGCGGUGAAAAACCGUACACUUGUCCUGUUGAGGGUUGCAACAAGGCCUAUUCCAAUUCAUCGGACCGAUUUAAGCAUACGCGCACCCAUUCGACGGAAAAGCCAUAUUUCUGUAAAGUUCCUGGAUGUAACAAACGUUACACAGAUCCAUCUUCUUUGCGAAAGCAUGUAAAAACAUUCAAACAUGUGGUCAACAGCUUAGACGUUAUCCGCCUGACCAGCAACACGGAAACGGAACCGAGUCAACGGUUAUCGUAUCAAGACAGUCCUGCUGUGGAAAAGCCAGCCUUCAAGUGCAUUCACGAAUGCUGCAAACAAUUGAGAAAAACGGAAAUGUUUCAACUGGGUCAUCUCAUGGACAAUGUUACGUUGAUCGGAUCGGGUGCGAUUCCGUUCAAUUAUAAUAGUACAGCGGAAGCUAAGACCAAUUUUCAGUUUAGCAACGAGUGGAAUGGCAGAUUUGACGAGCCACUGGACUUAAGUAUUCAUAAGGUUGUGAGAAGUUGAUAUUUUCUUACUUUUUGUUAAUUUUUCGUAUUUUAGUGUUGUUUUAGUGUGUGCGUGCUUGUCAGACAUUUUUUUAAUUUUUAUUUAAUUUAAAAACUUUUUGUCCUUUAUUUCGUUGUAAGAAUUUUAGAGUUUUAAGUUUUUGUGCAAUAAAAAUGAAUUGAUUUGAAAUUCCA